CACUUGCAAGAUGGCAGGACAGUGCCUAACUGGGAGCUGUUUCCUCGCAGGGGUUAUUUUAAUUGGGAGUUUGGCUGCCAGUCUUCCUAUUCUCCAUCUCCAAGCGGUGGUUGGAGUAAUUUUCACCCAUGAGCUGGACAUAGAGGACUUUAAGGAUACUUUCCCUUUCUCCAUGGAGGACAAUGAAGAACCUGCGUUUGACCCUCCCAUCACUUUCCAUGCCAAUCUUCUGGAUCACCCUGAUUUGCCCCGCUGGCUACGCUACAUUCAACGUACCCCCUUUGACUCGGGAUACCUUUAUGGAUCUCCCACAGCUAAGGACAUGGGCAAGCAGACCAUUGAGGUGAUGGCCUAUAACAGAUAUACAUUUGAGACUGUAAGGCAAAUAAUGGAAAUAUUCAUUUCAUUAUCUCCAGAUGGAGAUAUGCCGUACCAAGCCGACUUCCUUGUGAAGAAUUGGGAUGUUGAGGAAAUGCUUCUGAAUGAUGCCCAAGAACUUUUUCAAGAAGCGGUUGAUAGCAUGUGGGAGCAAGAAGGCUUGACUGUCAUUAAUAUUACCUCAGCAUUAGACCGGGGAGGCCGUGUACCUUUGCCAAUUGAAAACAGGAAAGAAGGGGUUUAUGUCAAAGUGGGGUCCAAGGAUCCAUUCACUACAUGCUUAACAGAGGCAAAGUCACCUGACAAUCUUUACCGAUGCAGAUUGGAGCAACAGCCUAUCAUUACCUGUUACGAUCAUUUCAGUCCUCGAUUCCAAGUUGAUUGGUGUAACCUUACUUUGAUAGACCUUACAACUAUAAAUGACACAGAAAUUGUGCCAGCUAAUGGAGAUGGAGUGCUUGAAGAAGGGACUGAAUUUAAUCCUCCUGAAGAUGCUCCUGAUAGGAUAUUUUUCAGUGAUUUCUUACUUACUUUCCUUCUUCCAUUCCUCUUGGGUUUUCUACUCUUUCUAAUCUUGGCCUACAUCAUGUGCUGUAGACGGGAGGGCGUGCACAAGAGGGACCUGAGCACCUCAGACAUCCAAAUGGUGCAUCAUCACACCAUUCAUGACAAUACAGAGGAACUGAGGCAGAUGGCUGGUACUCGGGAGGUGCCCCGUCCCCUCUCCACUUUGCCCAUGUUUAAUGUCCGUACGGGUGAGAGAACAAAUCCCAUGCAAAGUAACCACUAUGACAGUGCCCAAGUGCCUCUCAUCUUGGCUCAACAAUGAAUAAUUGAUCAGGUCAGUCUGUGCCCAUUUUCACUGAGAAGGGUUUUUCCACCAAAGAUGUUUCUCAAGAUUGAGACAACUGUUGGCAAAGCUUGGCAUGAGAGAUUUGAGUUUGUUGCAGUUUUUUAUGUUGAUAACAGUGAAGCUUGGAAAUGAAUGGUGUAUAUUUAUUCAGUAAUUCUUGGUCUAUGUUUAUAGGGUGGGUUUGAGUCCUUUUGUUGCUACACAUUCAAUGGAUGGGAGAUAUUCGAGGUUAGUAUAGUAAUGCUGUGUGUUAGAGAUGCUUAGCUUUCCCACAAAACUAUAUUUUCUAAACUUCUUGUCAAAAGAAAUCACAGUUAAUAUGUGUCUGGUAUUACACAAUAAAUAAUUUCCCUCUAUCUUCCUGUUGUAACUUGGCAUGAUAAAAGAUAAACUCUUUGUCCUGUAUUUUGCUUUUCUCAGUGAAUAAAUUGGCAAAACCUGGAU